AUGAGCGGAGGACAUUCAAGGUCUCCGCUGAUCUCCCACCAGCCUAAAAGACUGCGGUUGCUUUACGAGCCUCUCUGCUUGCUCCACACUCUGAGUGAAGUCCGAGGGGAUCGAAUCAAGCCCGGCGAUAUAUCCCUUGAAGGCCCGGGGUUGACUGCCCCCAGAUGUUAUCGAUCCUUUGUUGACGCCAUUGCCUAUAUAUGUGCAUACCAGAAGAAACCUGGCUACGUCACCGCCGCAGCCCUCGAAGAGGCCCCCGAUGCGAUAGUGGUUCUGCUGGCUGCCAACGAUGGUAUUGAUCCGGCAGUCGUCACUCUUCUGGAGAAGGUGCUCAUGAUACUUUCAUGGAUUAUUGAUAAGCCUACGGUUCGACUAGACACGAAUGAGGGCCGAGGGGUAAUGAAAAUAUUGACUACCCAUGUACUGGACCUCAACACCCCCAAAAUUUUCGAAUACUACCAGCAGGUGAAAAAGUUUGUCCCGUGGGUGAUGGGAAAAUUGGAUACCGAGCCUGGACCACCACGAGCAGAUCACGACAGCAUCCUCAACAUCCGCGACUGGUUUGCAACGUACUUUUCGAAGGGCAGUACGCAGCUUCAGGAAAACGAUAUGCCAAGCCUAGCCCUCUCCAGCUAUAGGGACCGGGAGGUGUUCAAGGCCUUACAUCACACCACCGGGAGCCUUGAACAAUCCCGUAAUUUCGAGAGACUCCAUAAGCUGCUCUACAAACUGGGGAAGCACGUGGCUCAGUGUAAGCGACUGAUCCAGGCCACCAUUAGGCUUCGCUCAGAGUUAUCGCGAGGCUUGCGCAUCGAGACGAUUGGCGGGUCGCGGGAGGACCGAAUCGCUCUUUUGGCCCGUACUUGCAACAUUCAGGACAUUAGUCACCGUAUGUUCUCUGACGCGGCAAAGCGAGAUAUUUUCCUGCAGCAUUUGCAGCAAAUUUACUCAGAGAAAGAACUGGACCGGGUGCUGUCCAAGGAUAUCUAGAUCUACGGGUGGUAA